UUUAAUAUUUGCAUUUUAGCUAGGUAAGUAACAUCAAUUGCCAGAACUACCAUCCAUCCAAAGUUCAACAAACUUGUUGUUUACCCAAUCCUCGCAACGCAACAAAGCAACGCAACGCAACGGGAUAUGCCCCGCUAACAAGACAUCAUGUCGCAGUCAACUGGAUCCUCCGCGGAAGGCGUCGGCCCCUUGCGAAAGUUCGGUAACAAAAUGACUUCCUUCGUGACGACCGUGUAAGCUAAGCUGCCCCUCCUAAUUCCGAUUCCUAUCCCCAACUACACAUCUCCCCCGAUGCCGCCUCACCUGCCCUCUUCCGCCUCUCCUUGCUAACAUAAUCUCCCCUUCCACCCCCCACAGUAACCAGCGCGCACGCAACCAAUUCCGCUCGCGCCCAGGCAAGGGGGGCAACACAAGCUACCAGCUCCGCCAAUACGCCGAGGCAACGCUCGGCGGCGGGUCGCUGCGCAAGGUAGUCAAGCUGCCGGAGGGCGAGGACGAGAACGAGUGGCUGGCGGUGAACAUGGUGGACUUCUACAACCAGAUCAACCUGCUGUACGGCGCCAUCACCGAGUUCUGCUCCCCCGCAUCCUGCCCCGAGAUGAAGGCGACCGACGAGUUCGAGUACCUGUGGCAGGACGGCGACGCCUACAAGCGCCCGACCAAGAUGGCCGCGCCCGCCUACAUCGAGCAGCUCAUGUCCUGGGUGCAGGCGUCCAUCGACAACGAGUCCGUCCUGCCCUCGCGCAUCGGCGUCCCCUUCCCCAAGUCCUUCCCCGCCCUCGUCCGCCAGAUCUUCAAGCGCAUGUACCGCGUCUACGCCCACAUCUACUGCCACCACUACCCCGUCAUCCGCGAGCUCGGCCUCGAGCCCCACCUCAACACCUCCUUCAAGCAGUACGUCCUCUUCAUCGACGAGCACAACCUCGCCACCGGCAAGGACUUCUGGGGUCCCCUUGGCGACCUCGUCGAGAGCAUGCUGCGAAGCGACUAAACUUCCUUUUCGUCUACGUUUUUCCCGCGCCGGCGCCCGGUAUUUGAGGGAUGGAAAUUGCUUCCGAGGGGCUUUCGCUUUUCAGUUUUUCUCUUUCGAUUUCGGACUAGGCUUGUAUGAUGACCGUGGAUGGUAACAUGCGUUGACGAAUGAUACCUACGCUCGGGUCAAAGUAGGGAAUGUUGCAUCUUUCGAGGUAUGGCGUUUAGGCAGGUUCUCCGAGAGAAAAUACACAUCUGUUUUACGAGGGGAUAGACUUAAGGGUAAUACGAGAUUAUGAAGCAGGUUAAUCAUGCCGCCUCAUACAAUUAAACUAAGCUGUAAGACGUUCCUAGGAUGAACGUCUCGGCGGAAUAUAUGGUCAGAGGA